GAAGAGGAGACAACCCAAAUCCUACGGGUUUUUUGCUAUUCCCGAGAUUCGCUCCAUUUGCCCAAUUUGGGUUGGCCUCUCUCUUCCAUCUAUUAAAACCCUAAUCAUCUCAAUCUUCUUCUUCUUCCUCUUCUCAAUCCCGCCUGGGUAGUGUUGCUGACGUCAUCCCAGCUCAGUCAUGGUGGCCGAUAACAAGAAAUCCGACAUUUCCUUCGCCGGAACUUUUGCCAGCAGCGCCUUCUCCGCUUGCUUUGCUGAGAUUUGUACUAUUCCGUUGGACACUGCUAAAGUCAGGCUUCAGCUCCAAAAGAAAGGUGUUGCGGCGGCGGGUGAUGCAGCGGCCUUACCUAAAUACAGGGGCAUGCUGGGGACGGUUGCUACUGUGGCUCGGGAAGAAGGUCUAUCAGCAUUAUGGAAAGGAAUUGUACCCGGGUUGCAUCGUCAGUGCCUGUAUGGUGGUUUGAGAAUUGGGUUGUAUGAGCCAAUUAAGACCUUAUAUGUGGGUGAUGACUUUGUUGGAGAUGUUCCUCUAACAAAGAAAAUUCUCGCUGCCUUGACAACAGGUGCUCUAGCAAUCACAGUGGCAAACCCAACUGAUCUGGUAAAAGUUAGACUUCAAGCUGAGGGACGAUUGCCACCAGGUGUUCCUAAGCGUUAUUCUGGCGCACUAAACGCGUAUUCCACCAUCUUGAGACAGGAGGGAGUUGGGGCUCUCUGGACUGGAAUUGGACCUAACAUUGCACGUAAUGCUAUCAUUAAUGCUGCUGAACUAGCCAGUUAUGAUCAAGUGAAGCAAACACUUUUGAAAAUUCCUGGGUUUAAGGACAAUAUUGUCACUCAUCUUUUUGCCGGUCUGGGAGCUGGUUUCUUUGCCGUCUGCAUUGGCUCACCAGUUGAUGUGGUUAAGUCAAGAAUGAUGGGAGAUUCUUCUGCUUACAAAAGCACGAUUGAUUGCUUCGUUAAAACUUUGAAGAAUGAUGGACCUUUGGCCUUCUAUAAGGGAUUCAUUCCAAAUUUUGGACGGCUAGGAUCUUGGAAUGUGAUCAUGUUUCUAACCUUUGAGCAGGCUAAGAAGUUCGUGAAAAGUAUAGAGUCAAAAUGAGAAGUGAAGCCAAGAGUGGAUUUAAUUUGCAGGGUUAGCAUCUGGAGCAAACAAUAGUUGUUGUAAUAAGCCCCUCGAUAAACCUUUUUCUCCCAUAUAAUAGAUGAGAGUAGGAUCCUCUGAAGGGAAACUGCUUAUUGGAAACUCAAAAGUUAAGAAAUAAUUAGCAUUUGUUUUCUGGAUUAGAAAUCUUCCCGUUGUCAUUCAUGGGGAUGUUGGGAUAUGGACUCACUUCUACUGGUGUCAUUUUGUACACAGUGAAGCAAAGAAGAGGUAUAGAGUUGAACAUUGAAUUGAUUAACCUUAUUGUUGUUUUCUUUUUCUUUUUUUCC